GUAGGAAUUAGCACCACCUCAUCAUCAAGUCCUCAAAGAUCCCAUCGUCAGAUUCUAUCAAUACACACAGACCAUUUUGCUCUAUCAAUUCAUUCUUCUUUUGGCUGAAAGCGCAUCUCAAUGGCGUCCCCUACCACGACGUCUCUUUCUUCUACAACAAGUUCAACCUCCGUCCCCUCUUGUACGACCGCUGUGCCCGGCAAGUACGGUUACGUGCCGCCCGAAGCAUGCAAUGCGAACUGGGCAUAUGCUCCCAGCUUCACGGCCGCAAUUGCCAUGUGUGUCCUCUUCGGAAUCCUGACUUUCGCUCACAUUUCCCUCGCCGUCCUGCACCGCAAGCCAUUUUGCUGGGUGAUCAUCAUGGGUGUAGCAUGGGAGUUCAUUGCUUUCAUCACUCGCUCUCUUGGAGCCCACGAUCAGCAGAAGCUUGGAUAUGCCUAUCCCUCGUCCCUACUCUUCCUCUUGGCACCACUUUGGAUCAAUGCCUUUGUAUACAUGACUGCGGGGCGACUGAUUUGGACUUUCCACCCAGAAAAGAAGGUGUUUGGGAUUAAGGCCAUCCGUAUUGGAAAGUACUUCGUCUGGCUCGACAUACUCUCCUUCCUGGUGCAGGGUGCCGGCGGCCUCAUGCUGGAACCAGGAGGAGAUGCUAAAAUCUUGGACAUCGGGAAGAACAUAUACAUGAGCGGCGUGGGUCUCCAGGAGUUUUUCAUCGUCGCUCUUUAUGCUGUCCUGGCUUUGAUCACCAUGCGUGUCAUCUUUCGACUUGUGGAAUUCAGUGCUGGAAACAACACCAGUAACCCUUUGCCGUACAAGGAAGUUUAUGCGUUGACAUUAGAUGCUUUCCCAAUGCUGUUGGCGGCCCUUAUAUUGGCUGUGGUGCAUCCUGGCUUAGCUUUAAAAGGUCCUGAAUCGGAGUUCCCGUCCAGGAAAGAGAAGAAGGAAGCAAAAAAGGCUAAGAAGGCCCAGAAGAAGGCAAUUAAAGAGGAGAAGAAAAUGGGAAAAGGGUUCACGAAAAUGGACAAUGUGCCCGUUAGCACUGAGCUUUUGGAAGUCCGCCGCGCAGAUGACCUGGAAAGAGGAAAAGGUUACUCAAAUUAACUGGGUUCGUGUUGGAUAGGACACCGAUAUUCAUGAAACAACAAGUACGGCUCCUGAGCUAGAUGUUGGUCGUCAUUCCUUAGUUCCCCCUUUGUUGAUCACUCUCGAUUUGUUUCCCAAAACGGGUUUGAGACAUUGCAAUAUAGAUAUUUACAUACCUAGUAAUAAGGUUACCAAUAGAUUUGAUUCUUUUACAGUGCUAGCAAUGUCCACAUGUAACUCAAGAUUACUGACUCUCGAGCACCUUCUUAGCACCUUCGGUGAUUCGC